AUGGUUGAAGCUUUUACCGAUUUCUACCGACCAAACAUGUUUACGGAUAUAGACACAGGGGCAAUUACGAAUGGUGUUAGCAUGCCAGCAGCUAUUCUAAUGAGGAAGGAUAGCGAUGACGAAGAUGAAGAUAGCGGGAACAGUGGUACAGAUGUGAAUGAUGUUUUUAUUGAACAAGGUGACGGCAGUGUUGGUGGUGAAGGGCUUUUCAGUGAGCUUUCGAAUGGUCGUGUUGGUGAACAAGCUGAAGCUGUUGCGGUGACGGAUGGUGAGGGUGGUUCUGAGCAGUUGUUGCCUAUUAUUCAUAAUAUGGAUAUACUGAGCAAGUUAUUUGAAAGUAUUGCUGGGAAGGAUAAAAUGUUCAAGAUAUUGAAGUAUUCGUUAGACCUCUUGAGGCUCUAUAUUAGCAGAUAUAGACAUAAUAUGAUAAAAUCUGAUCCAGAGACUUUGCUCCGAUAUGCAAAGUCGAUUGCGUCUUGGAAUUUUUGGGUUAUGAUACGCCAUCCAGUAACUGUGGUCAAGCUGUUUUUAAUUUCGACAUCCAAGCAGUUUGAAAAGAAUUCUUUGGUCGUAUGUGAUACCAUAGCUACUUUCAGACAAGUGUUGAGGUUCGGAGGGACACCGUUCCUCCUCAGGACGUUUUACCUAAAAUGUAAAGACACCUAUUUACAAAUAAAGAAGGCCCCUUCUAGGGAACCAUACACAGUUUUAAGGACAAUUAACAAAAUCUGGUCGAAUGAAAGUACCUUAACAGACUUCCUCUGGCUCUACUUUGGAAUUAUGGACGAAUUGUCGUUGACACACAAACUUGGUUUAUGGGCGAACAAACCGUUGUAUGAGUUUGUCACCAGACAUGAAGUACUCUCCUGGCAUUACGAUAUAAUGCUCAGCUUAAAGAAAAGUUGGCUGCAAUUGCAAAAGUUAAAUGCCCAUAAAUUGGAUUUAGAAAUCCAAUGGAAAGUACGCCAAAGAGCAUGGGAUAUGUCACAAAAAUUAAAUAGUGGAAGACAGUUUUCUCAAAUAAAAAGACAACUGCUCAAAGAUUUGCAGCUGAAUUACCCAACAACUGAUACUUCCCUGACAUCCGAAUUGGAAAAAAUCAACCAAGACCGCCACAUACUAUAUUUAGAUCUUGUUAGAUUAUCUUUUGACUUUUUGGCUAACUCUACAGAUGUUUUGAACCUUUCGGUGCCUUCUGGAACCUAUGGUUGGUUAUCGUUGGGGUCUGGUAUCACGGGGUUCUUCAAAUUAUGGCUGCAAGCUAAAAAGGAGCUUCAAUUUAACAAUAAACCAUUUUGA